AGGAAAACAUUUUAACUUUUGUGAAGAACGAGUUAAAGAAGGCCCAGAAGGUUCUGAGUCCAGAUUACCCAGAAUGCUUGGAGAGACACAGUGAGGAUAAGGAGGCGGUGGACGGUGAGGAGAAAGAGCAGAGGAGAAUCAGCAGAGAGGCAUUUCUGAAGAUCACACUGCACUUCCUGAUGAGCAUGAAGCAGGACAAGCUGGCUGACUGUCUGCAGAGCAGAACUGUUGCUCCAGUUUGUCGACGUAAACUGAAAUGUCACCUGCAGAAGAAGUAUCAGUCUGUGUUUGAGGGGAUUGCUAAAGCAGGAAACCCAACCCUUCUGAAUCAGAUCUACACAGAGCUCUACAUCACAGAGGGAGGGACUGCAGAGGUCAAUGAUGAACAUGAGGUCAGACAGAUUGAAACAGCAUCCAGGAGACCAGACAGACCAGAAACAACCAUCAGACAAGAAGACAUCUUUAAAGCCUCACCUGGAAGAGAUGAACCAAUCAGAACAGUGAUGACAAAGGGAGUGGCUGGCAUUGGGAAAACAGUCUUAACACAGAAGUUCACUCUGGACUGGGCUGAAGACAAAGCCAACCAGGACAUACAGUUCACAUUUCCAUUCACUUUCAGAGAGCUGAAUGUGCUGAAAGAGAAAAAGUACAGCUUGGUGGAACUUGUUCAUCACUUCUUUCCUGAAACCAAAGAAGCAGGAAUCUGCAGCUUUGAAGAGUUCCAGGUUGUGUUCAUCUUGGACGGUCUGGAUGAGUGUCGACUUCCUCUGGACUUCCGCAACAAUGAGGUCCUGACUGAUGUUACAGAGUCCACCUCAGUGGAUGUGCUGCUGACAAACCUCAUCAGGGGGAACCUGCUUCCCUCUGCUCGCCUCUGGAUAACCACACGACCUGCAGCAGCCAAUCAGAUCCCUCCUAAGUGUGUUGACAUGAUGACAGAGGUCAGAGGGUUUAAUGACCCACAGAAGGAGGAGUACUUCAGGAAGAGGUUCAGAGAUGAGGAGCAGGCCAGCAGAAUCAUCUCCCACAUCAAGACAUCACGAAGCCUCCACAUCAUGUGCCACAUCCCAGUCUUCUGCUGGAUCACUGCUACAGUUCUGGAGGAGGUGUUGAAGACCAGAGAGGGAGGAGAGCUGCCCAAGACCCUGACUGAGAUGUACAUCUACUUCCUGGUGGUUCACUCCAAACAGAAGAACAUCAAGUAUGAUGGAGGAGCUGAGACAGAUCCACACUGGAAUAAAAAGAGCAGGAAGAUGAUUGGGUGUCUGGGAAAACUGGCUUUUGAGCAGCUGCAGAAAGGCAACCUGAUCUUCUAUGAAUCAGACCUGAGAAAGUGUGGCAUCGAUAUCAGAGCAGCCUCAGUGUACUCAGGAGUGUUCACACAGAUCUUUAGAGAGGAGAGAGGGCUGUACCAGGACAAGGUGUUCUGCUUCGUCCAUCUGAGCGUUCAGGAGUUUCUGGCUGCUCUUUAUGUCCAUCUGACAGUCAUCAAAUCUGGUGUUAAUUUGCUGUCAAAAAAACAACCAACCUCCUGGUGGUCUCAAAAAUUUAGAAUGAAACAUCUCUACCAGAUUGCUGUGGACAAGGCCUUGCAGAGUUCAAAUGGACACCUGGACUUGUUCCUCCGUUUCCUCGCAGGUCUUUCACUGCAGACCAAUCAGACCCUCCUACGAGGUCUAGUGACACACACAGGAUGUAUCUCACUAACCAAUCAGGAAACAGCUGAAUACAUCAAGAAGAAAAUCAAAGAGAAUCGGUCUCCAGAGAGAAACAUCAACCUGUUCCACUGUCUGAAUGAACUGAAGGACCGUUCUCUAGUGGAGGAGAUCCAACAGUUCCUGGGUUCAGGAAGUCUCUCCAUAGAUAAACUCUCUCCUGCUCAGUGGUCAGCUCUGGGCUUCAUCUUACUGUCAUCAGAAAAAGAUCUGGAUGUGUUUGACCUGAAGAAAUACUCUGCUUCAGAUGAGGCUCUUCUGAGGCUGCUGCCAGUGGUCAAAGCCUCCAACAAAGCUCUGCUGAGUGGAUGCAAUCUGUCUGAAAAAAGCUGUGAAGCUCUGUCCUCAGUUAUCAGCUCCCAGUCCUCUAGUCUGAGCGAGCUGGACCUGAGUAACAACGACCUGCAGGAUUCAGGAGUGAAGCUGCUCUCUGCUGGACUGAAGACUCCAAACUUUACACUGGAAACUCUCAGGCUUACUGGCUGUCAUCUGUCAGACGGAAGUUGUGAAGCUCUGGCCUCAGUUCUCGGCACCCAAUCCUAUUCUCCUCGUCUGAGAGAGCUGGACAUGAGUUACAACGACCUGGGUGAUACAGGUGUGAAGCUGCUCUCGGCUGGGCUGGAGAAACCACACUGUGUGCUUGAGACUCUCAGGCUCUCAGGCUGUCGGAUCACAAAGGAAGGCUGUACUUUUCUGGCCUCAGCUCUGAUGUCUAACCCCUCCCAUCUGAGAGAGCUGGACCUGAGCUUCAAUCAUCCAGGAGACACAGGAGUGAAGCUGCUGUCUGCUGGACUGAAGGAUCCACACUGGAGACUGGACACUCUCAGGGUGGAAAAUGGUGGAGAGCAGAGGCUGAAACCUGGUCUGAGGAAGUAUGCCUGUGAAGUCAAAGUGGACACAAACACAGUAAACAGAUACCUGAAGCUGUCUGACAACAACAGGAAGGUGACAGCAGUGACAGAGGAGCAGCCAUAUCCUGAUCACCCAGAGAGGUUUGACUGGUGUCAGCUGCUGUGUAAAGAAGGUCGGACUGGUCGCUGUUACUGGGAGGUCGAGUGGAGAGGAGAUGUUCAUAUAUCACUGAGUUACAGAGGAAUCAGCAGGAGAGGAGACAGAAAUUACUGCUGCUUUGGAGGGAAUGAUCAUUCCUGGAGUCUGAGGUGCUCUGAUGUUGAUGGUUACUCUGUCUGGCACAAUAACAUAAGAACAGUCGUCCUCCUCCUCCCCUCCUCCUCCUCCUCCUCCUCCUCCUCCUCCUCUUCCUCCUCCACCACCACCACCACCACCACCUCCUCCUCCUCCUCCAUCUCCUCCAUCUCCUCCUCCUCCUCCUCCUCCGUCUCAGAGGAUACUAACAGAGUAGCAUUGCAUGUGGACUGUCCUGCUGGCAUUCUGUCCUUCUACAAAGUGUCUUCUGACCAACUGAUCCACCUCCACACCUUCAACACCACAUUCACUGAACCUCUGUAUCCUGGGUUCUGGUUUGGGUUUGGUUCCUCUGUGUAUUUGUGUUCCCCGUAGGAGGGAGAGUCUCCUCUGUUAGAGAAACACUGCUGACAAACACAUACACACAGUUUUUGUCAGUAACACCAAUUCAAAAUGACUAGAAAUCUUGUUUUGGUAAAUGCACACUAAUGUUAAAUACUGUGAAACACUAUUUUGAUUGUCUUUUGAGUAAAAGUUAAAUAUGUUAGUUGAGGUUUACUUUAAAUUCUGAUUUGAUCCUCAUAAUUAUAGGUAUAUAAUGUUUUCCUAAUAGAAUCAGGUUCCACAAAUGCAUAUAAACAGUUUUUUAAAAUCAGAUUAAUGUACCAAUCAUCUUACUGUGAAAAUAUGAUGACAGUUUUUUGUAAAUGGAGUGUGAUAUUUAGAAAAUACAUAACAAAUUAGAUUUGCUGUUGACCAUUAAAGGUUGAAAUGUCUUUCAAUGGAUUUUACCAAUAUACUGAAUAUA